CGUUUUACGCAUAUGAUGUGAUCAUCCAGAGACCCUCCGCGCGCUCAUCACGUGCUUCAGCUCAAUCCAUCCAGCCGCUUCGAGCAGAAGAAACUAUCUCACCUCUCAGGAAAAGGCUUGUGAAAAACCUAUAAGAUUGACGUCAAAAAGAUUAAACUAUUCGGACACAUCGAGCUGAACGCGAGAGAAUCGGAUGUGAGUGGAAGUGUUGGGAAACACCUCCAGGACCAAGUGCCUUUCCUCGUCUCCGGCAGCCCGUGGGAAGUUUCUUUCCAUGUGAAAACCAUCUGACACAUAUGAUCUGCUCCGUACACACUCAUACUGGACCAACGGGGGCACUUACAUAUCCAGAGAUUGUAUAACGGCCAGGAGAAGACGAGACCGGCACGCGGAUCGUAUAUGAACUGUGUGGAUUGGGCUGCAUGCAUAAAUGCCAAGAAACUGCAUUAGACAGACGUCACCCAAGGAAAACGAGAUCUUUUUGUGGAGGAUGGACCCGCCAAACAAGGAGAGACGGUCACCGGAGAACGGCCCAAGGCCCUGUUGCUCAAGCCUCAAGAUGUUCCUCGUGGCCUUGUCCUUUGCCUACUUUGCCAAGGCAUUAUCCGGGAGCUAUAUGAAAAGCACAAUAACUCAGCUGGAAAGACGCUUCGACAUCCCCAGUUACUUAAUAGGUGUCAUUGAUGGCAGCUUUGAAAUAGGUAACUUGUUAGUGAUCGCAUUUGUGAGUUACUUUGGUGCCAAACUUCACCGUCCGAAGAUCAUCGCCAUCGGCUGCCUGUUGAUGUCACUAGGGACUUUUCUAAUUGCCUUGCCCCAUUUUAUAAUCGGACGCUACAAGUUUGAAACAUCGAUUCGAUCGUCAGUGAACUCGACCAGUAACCUCUCCCCAUGUCCAGUGAGGUCCACAGGUCCAAGCACUUCUUCAGUACCGAGCUCAGGUUGCGAACACGAGUCCAGGUUGUCCAUGUGGAUCUAUGUUUUCCUAGGGAAUAUCUUGCGUGGAAUUGGCGAGACCCCAGUGCAACCUCUAGGAAUCUCAUAUAUUGAUGAUCACGCUCUGGAGGAAAAUGCAGCCUUCUACAUUGGAUGUGUCCAGACAAUAUCAGUCAUCGGUCCAGUGUUUGGCUACCUGCUGGGGUCCCUCUGUGCCAAGAUAUACGUGGACAUUGGAUUUGUCAACAUGGAGAGCAUUAGCAUCACCCCAGGAGAUGCACGCUGGGUAGGCGCCUGGUGGCUGGGAUACCUUAUUGCAGGAUUCAUCACCCUGCUCUCGGCGGUGCCGUUUUGGUUCUUGCCCAAGUCUUUGCCUCUGCCAGAGAGACGGCUUGCCAAGUAUUCUCCAGAGCGGACCAGCUUCAUCAAAGACUCGCCCCUCCUGGAGCACAAGUACCAGGCAGAUGAGCCAACAAACUUCCUAGAAAUGGCCAAAGACUUUUUGCCAACACUGAGAUCCCUUUUGGGGAACCCGGUCUACUUUUUGUAUCUCUGCGUCACCAUCAUCCAGUUCAACUCUUUGAUCGGCAUGGUGACAUACAAACCAAAAUACAUCGAGCAACAUUACGGACAGUCAGCGUCCAAGGCGAACUUCUUAAUGGGAGUUAUCAACAUCCCAGCUGUAGCCUUGGGAAUGUUCUCGGGGGGUGUGAUCAUGAAGAAGUUCAAGCUGAGCAUCAUGGGAGCAGCCAAGUUUGCACUGGGAACGUCUCUCCUGGGCUAUUUCCUGUCCCUUUUCUUCUUCGCCAUGGGAUGUGAGAAUGCCAAUGUGGCCGGCAUCACCAGGUCGUACAACGGGACGGAAAGUCUUUACAAAGUGGACAGUUCCCUCUUAGCGACGUGCAACGCAGGCUGUCAGUGUCCUGAAACAAACUGGGACCCCGUGUGCGGUGAGAACGGGCUCACCUACGUCUCCCCCUGCCUGGCUGGAUGCCGGACGUCCCACGGUUCUGGAAUGGACACGGUGUUCAAGCAGUGCAGUUGUGUAGGAGUCGGGAAUCAAACGGCCAGCGUGGGUCAAUGCAACAACAGGGAGAACUGCCAUCGAGUCUUCCCCUACUUCCUGGCUCUGUCUGUCAUCACUUCCUUUAUCAUCUCACUGGGCGGAACGCCGGGAUACAUGCUGCUCAUCAGAUGCAUCAGACCUCAGCUGAAGUCCUUAGCUUUGGGUUUUCACACGUUGACAACACGUACUCUAGCUGGAAUUCCAGCUCCUAUAUACUUUGGGGCCAUCAUAGACACCACCUGUCUGAAAUGGGGUCACAAGAAAUGCGGUGGAAGAGGAGCCUGUCGAAUAUACAACACGUCUGCCUACAGGAUAGCAUAUCUGGGCCUGACGCUGGGCUUACGGACAGCUUCCUUCUUCCUGUGCGUGCUUGGGCUGGUGGUGUUACGACGGCAUGUUAAGAGGCAAGAGCGCGGCACGCUCGCAAACGGAGGCACGGGGGCCGCGGCCGGAGAACUGCAGGCUCUCAGGAAAGAAGAAAACAACAGCUGUAACUCGGACCAAUGCCCACGAACCACAGACUACGACCCAGAACGGGAGACGCGUCUGUGACGCACGUACUCGCCUGCGCAGGGAGCAACAGGGCCCGUUUAUAUGAGUUAGACUUUCUAUUGGACCCAUGUAAAUGAUGUGAAGUAAGAAAAACAAUCUGUUGUUUUGAUAUAGUAGACUUAUUUCUUGAAUGUACAUGCUGUUUUGGGUAUAAAAAAAAAAAAAAAAAAAAAACAGAGAGAAGAGAAGAAUGUCUUAAAAACUACCUAAUCUUUUUGGAUUCAAAGCAAAGAUGCUUAAAGAAGUAUCUUAACAUCAGACGCCCUACUAGACGCAACGAAACAUUGGAUUUCCUCUCAUUUAAGCCAUCGUCGUGCACAGGCCCUAUGAGGAAUAACAAGAUUAUACCUUGUUGGGUACAUGACAACAUCCACUCGUAACUUUCUCUUCUGCCAUACACACAGAUAGAUGCCUGAAACAGUUGACCACGACACUGUGUGCUUUAUAUAGAUGGGCCUUGACACGCAGGCUAUAGGUUGACUAUGUUGGUGGAUGUCUCAAAUUGCAUCUCAUUUGUUUUUAACGUAUUGUCAGGAAGGGAGCGCGCCGUGAGGUGUGCUAACGAAACGCUCACCAUUGUGCUUUUACAUGUCGCCUGACAGCAGUUCCUCCCAUUUAAGAAACAUGUGAGGAACAGUCCAGAACUGUGGGCUUGACGCCACGGGUAUGUAAGUAAUCAUCUUCAUGAUCGAUGUUGUGAAAUGUCACUGUGAGAAAUGUUGUGCGUGUGUGUUGUUACGUGUGAACGGGUGCAUUCCUGUGCCAAAAAAACAAAACAAAACAAAACACAAAAAGUGCGAGAAAGAAAAGUCAACAUGGUCUAUUCUCAGGUUGUUCAAUCAAUUGUUCCUCAAAUUUGCAAAUAAUUAUUCUUUUAUAUACUUGUGUAAAUCGUUGUCUGGUUUCAGCUGGCGAAAAUGUUCCUUUGUUCAUUUCGGGCAAUUGAAGAAGUUCACCAGUAACAACCAAGGAAAGGAUUUUUAUUUGUGUCUUGUAAAGCAAAUAAAACGAGUGGCAUUUAUUACUUGCUUUUA